GGUCCACCUGCGCCACCGGGGGCAUCGCUGCCGUAGCAUCGCCACCGGCGCGGAGCAGAGCUGAGCGGGGACCGCCAUUUCCCGUUUGUUUCGCUGCGCUGUAAAACAGAGCGGCGGGAGCAGCGGCGGCACCGGCAGGAGGAGGAGGAGGAGCGGCAAACGCGGCAGGAGCGGCAGGAGCGGCAGCGGCGGAGGCGGAGGCGGAGGCAGCGAGGAGAGGAGACGCAGGGAUCCGGUGUGCUACAGCGGGAUGAGAGCGAAACUGAGACCCGGGUCGGAUGAGUCAGCGAGCGGAGCACGCAGCCAGCUAUCUCUGAAAUCUGAAUGAAUUCGGACGGAACCAGGGAAAGGCGCGAUUGAACAUUUUUCUCGCUAAUUGUUGUUGUUGUCAGGUUGUUCCUCCCUUUAUUCCGCCCUCCCCCGGUCCACGUCUGCCGUAGCCUAGUUCUGAUUCCCGUUUCCACCGAAGUGGGGGAAAACGGGGGGCCUGGCCAGGUUGCGGAGGAGGUGGAGGUUUUAUUUUAUUUUGCCGAAGCUCAUAUCUGAGGACGAAGCCGGCGGUCCAUAACGUGACAUUUUUGUGGAAGCCUUUUGUUGCGCCGAGUGAGAGAAGAUGUCGGGGCAGAGCAUUACGGACCGGAUAACGGCAGCCCAGCACAGUGUGACCGGGUCGGCCGUGUCCAAAACAGUAUGCAAAGCCACCACUCACGAAAUAAUGGGCCCGAAGAAGAAGCAUUUGGACUAUUUGAUUCACUGUACCAACGAGAUGAACGUGAACAUCCCCCAGUUGGCUGACUCACUGUUCGAGAGGACCACCAAUACCAGCUGGGUGGUGGUGUUUAAGUCACUUAUCACCACACACCACCUCAUGGUCUAUGGCAACGAGCGUUUUGUCCAGUACUUGGCCUCAAGGAACACACUAUUCAACCUCAGUAAUUUUUUGGAUAAAAGCGGGCUACAAGGUUAUGACAUGUCUACAUUUAUCAGGAGGUAUAGUCGAUACCUGAAUGAGAAAGCUGUGUCUUACAGACAGGUUGCCUUUGACUUCACAAAAGUGAAACGCGGAGUGGACGGCGUCAUGAGGACCAUGAACACAGAGAAGCUGCUCAAGACCAUUCCCAUUAUUCAGAACCAGAUGGACGCCCUCCUCGAUUUUAAUGUCAAUGCCAACGAGUUGACUAAUGGAGUCAUCAAUGCAGCCUUCAUGCUCCUCUUCAAAGACUCCAUCAGGCUCUUUGCUGCUUAUAAUGAAGGCAUUAUCAACCUGCUCGAAAAAUACUUUGACAUGAAGAAGACUCAGUGUAAAGAAGGUUUGGAUAUUUACAAGAAGUUCCUAACCCGGAUGACCCGAAUAUCAGAGUUCCUCAAAGUAGCAGAGCAGGUGGGCAUCGAUCGAGGAGACAUUCCAGACCUUUCACAGUUCACAGUUUGUGCACCCAGCAGCCUGCUCGAAGCUCUGGAGCAGCACUUGGCUUCGUUGGAGGGCAAGAAGGUCAAGGACUCCACUGCAGCCAGCAGGGCCAGUACUCUGUCCAAUGCAGUGUCAUCACUGGCCAGCACGGGGAUGUCUUUCACUAAGGUGGAUGAACGGGAGAAGCAGGCGGCUCUUGAGGAGGAGCAGGCCAGACUCAAAGCUCUGAAGGAACAAAGGCUGAAAGAGCUGUCCAAGAGGCCCUCCUUUGCCACCACUGAUACAUCGCCUAUCUCCACCACCGGGGGCACUAUCAGCACAGCACCAGCCAUCGACCUCUUCUCUACACCCAGCUGCUCAAAUGGUGCAGUGAAGAUGGAGAGUGACCUUUUUGACCUGCAAUCAACCUUCCAGCCCUCCAUGCAAUCAGGCUCAUCGGGGCUUCCAGUGGCAACAGCGUGGGCAGAUCCUUUCACCUCUGCUGAAGCUGGAGAUGAUUCCAUGCCAAACCUUAACCCUUUCCUCUCAAAACUUGUUGUCGAUGCCACUCACUUACCUGUCGUGUCCUCAGACGGUGUUAGCUUUUCCUCUAGGACAUCUGGUCAUGAAGUGUUUGGUGAUCGUUACAAUCCCUUUAUUGACACAAACUCAUCAGUUUCAGCCAAUUACAAACGCACAGUGCGGAUAGAACACUCCAUCUCAGACUCCUUCUGUGGUCCAGUGUCGGUCGCCCAGCAUCUCCCACACCAGGCACCCUUCCCCUCUGAGCAUUCUACUGUAGCAGGUCUAUUCAGAGGCUACUCGACACCACAGGCCCCUCUACAGCAGUCUGUGGGGGGACUCCAAGUGGACUUCGAGUCUGUUUUUGGAGCCAAAGCCACAGGCAGCAACAGUCUCAACUCUGAUGAUAUUACCGGAGGCAUCCUGAAACCCACUCUUGCCGGUUCCAACCAGGCGUCGCUUCAGCAGCCAGAGAAGCUGGUGUCAGAUGACCUUGACUCCUCCCUGGCCAACCUUGUCGGCAAUCUCGGCAUUGGGAAUGGCACGAUGAAGAAUGACAUCCACUGGAGCCAGCCGGGGGAAAAGAGGAUGACCGGUGGCACCAACUGGCAGCCCAAGGCGGCGCCAACCACGACCUGGAACCCCGUUUCCAUGCCACCAUCAGUUAUGGCCUUCCCUGCCACCACACCCACAGGCAUGAUGGGAUAUGGAAUGCCUCCACAAAUGGGCUCAAUGGGGAUGAUGAAUCCACCCACCAUGAUGUACAACCAGCCUGUGAUGAGGCCACCCAACCCCUUUGGCUCUGUGUCUAGUGCUCAGCCCUCAGCAGCCUCUAGUCCUUCCAGCCAGAGUCCUCUUCGAGCCCCUGGACAGGACCCAUUUGCACACCUCUCUCUCAAGGAUUUCUUGUAGAGCAUCUCUUUAGAUGCAGUUCAUGUAAUUUGAAGGAAAAGUGUCUCUCGGAAGAUUUAAGCACUUAGCAGCAAAGCUUUGUCCUCGUUGUCCAGCUCUACGGAGAAACAUUCACACGAUCCCAAAUGCAAACGUGAUGAGAACACAGCGGUGCGACGGCUGUCCGACUCUAUGGUAACCAUGUCCACAUGACGUUUGGCGAUUAACUCAAACCCAUCAUUCUGUAACUUGUCUCAGAUGUCAAGUGAUGCUGCUGUCUAACAACCCCCCCCCUUAAGAGGAUCCCUUAUACGUUUUACAGUGUAAUCUGUAAAGGUAGAUAAUGGGUGCUGAGAAACUUUAAUGUUAUGUAUUUGGAAACACUGUGGUCAGAUGUAAAGACUCGAUGUUCAGUGGGGGCAGCGGAGUAAAAGAGAGUGAUCCUUCCCUUUCUUGAUCCGAUCAUCAGUCAUCCAUUCCCUACAGUUAUUUAACUGUCACUGAGUAGUGAUGCUAAUGACGUUUACACCUGCUUAGUUUCUGUCUUUUUUACAGUGUUUACAGUAGACAUUCCUUGUGUGUUGUUUGUAUUUAUUUAUGAUUAUUGGUUUAAGAUUGGGGGGGGGGGUGAUGUAAAAUCUACAGUACAUUGAACACUUGUGGGAGUGCGUCAGCAUUUAACAAGAAUCUCAGACGAUCACUGAGAGGUAGAGUUAAAAAUAAAUAGCUAUUAUAUAAAAGACACCUAUUAAGCGGAAUGAUAGAGCACUAAAUAUUCUGAGUUUUGUGUUAAGAAAAUUUUUUACUAGAUGAAAGAUUUCACAGUCUCCAUUGUACUCCAAGUGCAGGGGUUAGAGUAUGAGUCAGUUACCAGUAUAUAGUCGGUUCUGUGCCUAGAGUUUUUUGCAAUGGUUUCCUGUCUAGUUGACAAACACUUCAUCCACAAAUCUGAAGCGUCGCACUGGGUGGUGGGCUCCAUUUGCUUUAAGCUUGGCAUGCCAUUGACUCACUGACCGUAUUCAAGGCUGCCUUUACUCUGAAUGUGAAAGAGUUGUCUUCAUGUUGCACACAUCUUUCCACACUGCAGUUCCUCGGUGGGGGUGUGGUGGUGGUGGCCAGUCGCUACAGUAAAGGGGCGGAGGUUUCAGAUUUGAUGUAAAUUAGAUGUAUAAACGAUGCAGAGGGUCAGGGGUUAGAGCGGAGAGGCACUGUUGAUCGGUGCUCUGUGUGUAAAUAAAAACUGACUGUUCAUCAAGUGGGACAUGUGAAAGAUGUAUGAAAUAUGAAGGCAAUUCAAUCAAAUUUGACUCUACCUAAGUUUGAUUCAGGAUAUUCUCUGCGUUUGUCUCCGCAGAUAUUUUCUUUAUGUAAUUAGAACGUGUAGCAGACAACGACUGAAGUCUUUUCUUUCUUUUACAAAUAAAGAGCAGCUUCCACAAA